AGUACGUUUGCAAGCGUCAUUUGUGUUAUUAUCGUUAAAAAAAAUUUAUUAAUUCAAUUAUAUCAAAAAUUUAAACAAAUUAAUUGAAGUGUUUUAACGAAAGUAAAAUAGUGAAAACAAAAAAUAAAUCUUUGUGAACAUGUAAAUAUGGUUCAUUUAGUUCGAGAGGAAAAGAUUUUAAUCAAUAAAAUGUCGCAAACGCCGCUGAAGUCGUUUAAUAUUAGUUCCAUUUUACCUGAAACCGUUUUGGACGAUGAAAAUCAUCAUGUUGAAGAAGUUUCGGAUGCCGAAUCGGACGAAUUGGAUGUAACAGGAACUCCACCACCUUUAGAUUGUACAAAGAAAGACGAUGAUAACGAUAAAGAUGAGAAAAAUGAAAAGAAAAAUGAUAAACCACCUUAUAGUUAUAACGCGUUGAUUAUGAUGGCGAUUAGAAAUAGUCCUGAAAAACGGUUAACGUUAAACGGUAUUUACGAAUACAUCAUGAAAAAUUUUCCUUAUUAUCGUGACAAUAAACAAGGUUGGCAAAAUUCGAUUCGACAUAAUCUAAGUUUAAAUAAAUGUUUCGUAAAAGUUCCUCGGCAUUAUGAUGAUCCGGGAAAAGGUAAUUAUUGGAUGUUAGAUCCGUCAGCGGAAGAUGUUUUUAUUGGUGGAACAACCGGAAAAUUGCGUCGAAGAUCAACAGCAGCUUCCAGAUCGAGAUUAGCCGCUUUUAAACGUUCGAUGAUUCUUGGAAGUUAUCCGAUGGUACCUUUCCCUGGAAGCACAAGUUAUAACCCGUCGCUAAUUGGAAUGUACUCAAACCCGGCUUUAUUAGCUUCGAUGUAUCAAAGGUAUCCGUGUUUACCAAUGAUUCCAAAACCAACUCCGAUUGCACCUCAUCAUUCAUUCGGAAUGGAAAGAUUGUUACAACCGAGUGAAGGAAUUUUAAGACCACCUCCGGGUUUUGAUUUUUACGCGGGAGGAUUGAGAUUUCCGCCGGGUUUAAUGAUGGGACAAAAUUUAGUGCAGAAUUUAAGCGUGGCGCCCGCGUGUUCUACAUCACCAGAAACGACGACAAGCAGAAGUGGCGAAGGACUUUUGAAACCGGUAACAGUUCUAACAAAUAGACAGAGUUAGAAAGAAAAUUUUGUUUCAUGAUUAAAAGUAGUUUUUUGUAAAUAUUGUAAAUACC